UGCAGAAAGAUUAAUGCGUGUGUGUAUGUGUAAGUCUAAUAAUUAAAAUAAAUUUUCUCAAAAUGUUAUUAGAUAAUUAUGUUGUUUUUGUUGGCAUUUUGCGCUAUGCUGUUUAUUCAUUCUUUUUCGACUUGUGAUUCAUUGAUAAUUUCUUGAGAUAGAUAGAUAUAUGACAUUCUAAUGUGAUUACGCGAUAAAAAAUAGCCAAAACAAUAAAUAAAAUAUUGUUUUAUUAUCAUUUUACAAUUAUUUUACUUUUAUUAUCAUUUUAUAAUCAAGUAUAUACACAUAAUCAGGUAUUUAAAAUAUGAAUUUGCACAAUUAUGCACAACACAAUAUUUAAUCAUUAAAACUAUAUAACAAUUUUAUAAAUCUAGACGUGUAACAUAUCUCUUUUUAAUACCUUUUAGAAAUGUCUUUAAGACUUUACUAAUAGAUAUAUAUAGAACAUUAUAAAAUCUUUUCUCUGACACUUCACAUGAUGUUUAACAAAUUUUGGAUAUCAAUGCAUUGGAGCAUGCAAUGAGCGACUUUCGACGUUUUGAGCCAUGAAAUCAACGAUACGCGUGCAUAAUGGCCUCUGGACUAUUCCGUUUGAUAAUGACAAUUUUAUAUCAAACUCUUGAAAUGCUUCAGAUAAUGCUGAUAUGAUAUUAUCUAUGUCAUUUAGACAGAAUUUUAUACAUCGUUACAAACUCCAUCAUUUAAUAUUUGACCGACGGAUGUGGUAGUAGUGAGAAAACAUGAAGAAGUUAUAUCUUGCUGCUCUAGCAGGAAAUCUAGGUAUGUUGUCAGUCGGCCUAUUUAUCGGUUGGGCAUCGCCAUCGUUGCCUUUACUGAUGAAUGGUGGUGACAGCAAGUAUUCUGUGCGUUUGAACAUAGAAGAAGCCUCUUGGGUGACAUCCUUACUUACUAUCGGUGCCGCCGUGGGUUGCGUUACUUCUGCACUGAUGGUGAAUAUUAUCGGCAGAAAAAAUACCAUGCUAUUUACAGCUGUGCCCUCAAUCAUUGGCUGGUUGCUGAUAGUUUUUGCAACAUCAUCGUGGGAACUGUAUAUAUCGAGGUUUACAUCCGGACUAGGUAUGGGCAUUGCUUAUUCAGCUACGCCGAUGUAUUUAGGCGAAAUUUCGCCGGCAGAUGUUCGCGGUAAUUUAGGAUCCUUGUUGACAGUCGCUGUGAAACUCGGGACUUCACUCGAGUUCGUAAUAGGCCCGUUUGUAUCAGUGAGAAAUCUCGCCCUCAUCUCUUUGGUGGGACCGUGUCUGUUUGUGAUCGCUUUCAUCUGGCUACCGGAAUCACCGUACCAUUUAAUGCGUUGCGAUGCCAAACAGAAAGCCAUAAAUUCUCUUGUUCAAUUGAGAGGCAAAGAGGAUGUUCACAAGGAAGCGGACAGUAUUGAGCAAUCUGUAAAAGCCGAUUUAGCUAACGAAGCUGGUUUUCAUGAGCUUCUAUUUAUACCAGGAAAUCGCAGAGCUCUAAUAACAUUGCUGUGUCUGGGCAUGACUCAACAGUUGAGCGGCUCCCAAGCCGUAUUACAAUAUGCUCAAAUAAUUUUCGACCAAACAAACGGUAAACUGGAGGGCAAGUAUUUGACUAUGAUACUGGGCGCUGUGCAACUAAUCUGUUCGAUCAUCUGUAUGGCGAUCACCGAUUGUAGCGGCAGAAAGUCAUUGCUGACAAUCUCCGCCAUCGGUUCGGCGUGCUCCACCGCCAUGGUCGCGUCAUAUUUUCAUCUUCAAUACAAUCACGUAGAUACUAGCAAUAUAACAUGGUUGCCUGCCAUCGGCGUGAUCCUGUACGUGAUUAUGUACGUCAUGGGUUUAGCGUCAAUACCGUUUACCAUGGCCAGCGAAUUGUUCCCUACGAACGUGAAGGCCCUCGGUAAUAUGAUAGGCAUAAUGAUGAUCCACAUCACAUCCUUUGCAGUGACGAAAUUGUACCUGGUCAUAAGCGAAAGUGCCGGUGUACACACGCCGUUCUGGAUAUUCACUGCGUGCAGUCUUGCCGGUGCUGUAUUCACGCUUCUCUACGUACCUGAAACCAAAGGCAAAACGUUGGAGCAGAUACAGGAAAAAUUGCACGGUCUGUCGAAAUAGGAAAUAAAAAAUAGAGUACCUGCAAGCGUUGAUUUUCCAUCGACAAAUAUUUGAAGAAUAUUAACGAAUAACCUGUCUUUGCAUAUGAUUGAACUGAAUUUGCACUUAAUCGAAAAAAGUAUCCUGCGAGAUCGGAUUUAUACUUGCUAUAAUUUUUUUUUCUUGAAAUGAUCUGCCACCCUUUACUUUUAUUAUUAUUAAAUGUUAGUUACAAUGUUUAAAUGUAAUAUUGACGACAUAUAAGACAAAAUAACUUAAUGUUUAUAAGUAAUUGAUAAUACGUUCGUGUGAUGUAUAAAAACGUUUAUAUUAAACGUUUUAACAUCCAUUUAAUGUCUAUUUAGUUUUUAUUAAACUAUUUAAAUUUCUCGUGAACGAUAUUUUAAACAAACUAAUAAAA